AACAUAUUGAUUUGUUCAUCGGGUACACAUGGUUAAGUUUGCUCUAAAUAUAUACGUUCAUAGCACCGAAGAGGAAUGACGAAUUAGGGAAAGUUUACACAAACAUAGAUAGUUGAAGUACAUCAUGUGUGAUUUGGAGGAGAAGCAAAAAAACACUAGUUAGAAACGAAUAUUCGUCAACCGUUCUGAAGUGAAGAACGCUACAAUGAAAUCCCGAGUUGGGAGUGCUGCAAUAGGAGAGGCAACGGAAAAUCCGAAAGAGAUAGCUCCUAUAGUUAAAGAGGGAUACCUGUGGAAAAGAGGUGAAUUUAUUCGUAACUGGCGUGAGCGUUACUAUAUCCUACGAGCUGAUGGCACGUUUUCCGGAUACAAGUCUCGAGAGGAGAGUUUAAUUAAAGGAGACAUCCAGAACGACUUUAAGUUGCAAGAGGAUGUUACCAUAAUACAGCAAGAAAAACCGAAGCCUAACACGUUCAUUGUUCACGGGGUGAUCCUGAGGGGUGGACCAGUGGACAGGAUGUACUAUACGGACACCCCCGAGGAUAAGGCAUUGUGGGUAACAGCCAUCCAGGGGGUGGUGGAGGCAACAGCGACAGGGGACUGGAAGUCUUGUUUAAAACAAGUAGAAGAUAAAGAGAUGAGGAUGUAUGACGUCUCCCUGCUGUACUCCCGGGAUAAAAAUAAACAACCUUUGCCCCCAGACCUUCAGGUCAGACCUCUUCAGCUGUCAGAUUUUGACAGAGGUUUCCUUGAACUUAUAUCUCAAGGAGGCAAUAUAGGAAAUAUCUCUAAACCUGAGUUUACUAGCCAAUUUCAUGCCAUGAAAUCAUCGCCAGAUAAUUACUAUGUAACAGUCAUUGAAGACACAUCAACAAAUAGGGUGAUUUCUUCGGCAACUCUAGUAACAGAAUUACAAUUCAACCACAGUUGUCCAAAGGUUGGAUGGAUUAAAGAUAUUGUCAUUGAUCGAGAUCAGGCAGACCAACAGCAGCUGAGUGACACACUUCUGAACAGUGUGAAGCAGUUGGGAGAAAAAAUUGGUUGUCAUCAAAUCGAGACCAUCAGUAUAUCACAUUAAUAACAGUCAUGAUGGAGACGUGUAGGCGAGAUAUGAAGAAGACAUUUUAGUGCAAUUCUCAAUUCAAUGUUGCCAUUUUUUAAUGAUAGUUGUUAUUAUUUUAUCACACAUCAUACAUGUUAUAUUUUGUUAUAUUUUACAAUAUUUUGAUAAA